AUGAAUACAAACAUUGUAAACCCCAAAAAGGCACGACGAAUAGACAGCGACCAAUUCGAUGUUGGAUCGGUUACGAGUCGAAUGUUGAUGGGGGAACGAACAUUGUCUAUUAUGUGUCCUUUUAUUUAUUUGCCUUUUCUUUAUGCUUAUGCUUUCUUUGGUGCUUGGAUGUUUACGCGAAUUGAAAGCAAACAUAGUGCAGUACAAUCGCCUUACAAACCAAACAACCAAACUAACCAAACAGGUUGUGGAUCCAGUUAUGAACCAUUUGCUGAUGUUGUUAGAGAUGGGAUACCUUAUUCAAUAAGUGUGUUUACAACUGUUGGAUAUGGUGUUCAGGCCCCAGAAACUUCAGCCGGCAGAAUAGCUACAAUUUUCUAUGCGAUGCUUGGCAUUCCCUUAUAUUUUGCAUUUACUGCAGAUAUUCAGGAUAGAAUUGAUCAGUUAAUUUUUGUUUGGCUCUAUGGACUAAUUUUUAACAAAAAACGACACCAAAUUAAAAUUGCAAGAUGGAAAAAAUUUUUGGUUACAGUUUUUAUUGCCGUGUCCUAUUUGUUUAUUCAAGGAGCCAUUACUAUGGUAUUUUUUGAAUUCAAAAAAUGGCCGCCGGUUGAGUCGUUGAGUCCCGCCGGUUGA